AUGAUUUACUGCCACGGACCGCUGCUGGACACGGUCCAGAUGGCGGGCCUGUACAAGGACUCCAAGACCUUCGUGGACAUGAAACUGAAACUCUCCGCCAACAUCACCAUGGAGCACUUCCACGAGAUGAUGGCCAGGACGAGUGACCGACCGACCAAAGCUGACAUCCAGGAGUUCGUUGAUAAUAACUUUGACCCCGCCGGCUCCGAGUUUGAAGACUGGAGACCCACCGACUGGAAGGAUAACCCAGCCUUCCUGUCUCGCAUCAAGGACCCUCAGUUCCACCAGUGGGCGUCCGACCUGAACGCUCUGUGGCUUCAGCUCGGCAGGAAGAUGAAGGACGACGUGAAACACAACGAGCACCUCUACUCCAUCAUAUACGUACACAACCCGGUCAUUGUGCCAGGCGGCAGGUUCCGUGAGUUCUACUACUGGGACUCAUACUGGAUCAUCAAGGGUCUACUUCUGUCUGAGAUGAGGUCCACCGCCAUGGGAAUGAUCUCUAACUUCCUGGACAUAGUGGACAGGUUCGGGUUCAUACCUAACGGAGGACGAAUCUACUACCUCAUGAGAUCGCAGCCUCCGCUCCUGAUCCCGAUGGUGAAGCUGUUGAUGGAUGACUUCGAGGACCUGAGCUUCCUCCGCACACACAUACACACCAUGGACAGGGAGUUCGAGUUCUGGAUGAACAACCACACGGUCACCGUACACUACGACGGAAACAAGUAUCAAAUGGCUCGAUACAACGACAUGUCUCAGGGACCGCGCCCGGAGAGCUACAAGGAGGAUAUAGACUGUGCCAAACACCUGGACAGUCGCGAGCUGAAGGAGGAGCUGUACGCGGAGCUGAAGGCGGGCGCGGAGUCCGGCUGGGACUUCUCCUCCCGGUGGUUCAUACUCAACGGAACCAAUAAAGGUAACCUGACCAACCUCAAGACUCGCUCCAUAAUCCCGGUGGACCUGAACGCCAUCUUGUGUUGGAACGCCGGUUUAUUGUCAGAGUUCCACGCGAAGCUUGGGGACACGUCCCGCGCUGAUUACUAUAGAGAAGUGAGGGCGCGACUAAUGGAGGCCAUUGAGAAGGUGUUGUGGCACGAGGAGGUGGGCGCGUGGCUGGACUUCAGUCUGGAGUCAGGUCGAGCCAGGGACUACUUCUACCCGUCCAACGUGGCCCCGCUGUGGACCGGCGCCUACGACCGAGCUCGGGAAGAAUACUACGUGAAUAGGGUCAUCAACUACCUGGAUAAAGUUAAGGUGGACAUCUUCGAGGGCGGUAUACCGGCGACGUUCGAGCACUCGGGCGAGCAGUGGGACUACCCUAACGCGUGGCCGCCGCUACAACACAUAGUGGUGGAGGGACUGGCGGGCACCGGGCACGCGGCCGCCAAUAGACUGGCCGAGGAGAUGGCCGCCAAGUGGGUGCGCUCCAACUACGACGUGUGGAGGAGGAAGACGGCCAUGCUGGAGAAGUACGACGCCACAGUGUUCGGUGGUUUCGGCGGCGGCGGCGAGUACGUGGUUCAGACCGGCUUCGGCUGGACCAACGGCGUGGUGAUGGUUCUACUCAACAAGUACGGAGAUUGGUUGUCGGCAGAGGACGCGUUUGGGGGAGAGGGGGAGGAAGGAGGGGUUGCGGGGGGAGGGGGGCUGCACGUACAGGGGGCGGGGGUGGGCGCGGGGGGCGUGGCCACCGCGCUGCUGGUGGUGCUGGCGUCGCUGGCGGCCGGCACGCUCGGUGUGAUGGUGUACAGGAAGCGUCGUGAGUACACUCCGCUGGUGACGGGCGAGGACCUGAAGCUCCUCAAGCGGCCCUACACCGAGCUGAGGUCCUUCAACGGAGCGACGGACACCAGGCUGCGGUGA